CCUCAUCAUCAGGUCUGAUCUAGUGAACUACAGGAAAACUCCAGCAGCACAGCCCGCAGUCUGCCUCCUCCCCCACGUGACUGAUCACAUGGUCAUGACAUCACCAAAGGUCCUUGAUCCUCUCAGAUUCCAGUAUCUCUCAUCAUUGAAAGGUCCUUUAGCCGCCUGGGAUCUCUCCUCUACCAUGGCGCUGUGUGUGUGAGUGAGGGCGACGACCCCCCGGACACCGGAGACAAUGGGCUCCCGGGUGAAGCAAAACCCGGAGAACACAUUUGAAGUUUAUGUGGAAGUGAGUCGUCCUGGAGAAAAUGCAUCUAAACAAGAUCCGGAGCUGCAGAGGAUCUUCCCAGAAGACUUCAGUGACCAGGAAGUCCUACAGACCAUCCCAAAAUUUUGUUUCCCAUUCUCCUUAGACAGCCUCUCGGCCAGCCAAGUCGGGCAGAACUUUACAUUUGUGCUGACUGACAUUGACAGCAAGCAUAGGUUUGGCUUCUGCCGGUUAUCUUCAGGCGCUAAAAGCUGCUUUUGUAUCUUAAGCUACCUCCCAUGGUUUGAAGUCUUUUACAAGUUGCUCAACAUCUCUGCGGAUUACUCUUUGAAAAACCAGGAUAACCAGCGUAAUGAACUCUUGGAGACACUUUACAGACUGCCUAUCCCAGAACCUGGAACUGAAGUCCAUCUGAGCGUGCAUUCCUAUUUCACAGUGCCUGAUUCUCGAGAGCUGCCCAGUAUUCCUGAGAAUAGAAAUCUGACUGAAUAUUUUGUGGCCGUAGAUGUGAAUAAUAUGCUGCAUCUCUAUGCCAGUAUGUUAUAUGAGCGCAGGAUCCUGAUUUGUUGCAGUAAACUCAGCACGCUGACUGCCUGUAUCCAUGGAUCGUCAGCCAUGUUAUUCCCAAUGUACUGGCAACAUGUUUACAUCCCCGUUCUUCCUCCACACCUGUUGGACUACUGCUGUGCUCCGAUGCCCUACCUCAUAGGAAUACACUCAAGCCUAAUGGAAAAAGUUAAAGGUAUGAGCCUGGAAGAUGUAGUGGUUCUAAAUGUAGACACCAACACUUUGGAGACUCCCUUCGAUGACCUUCAGAAUCUACCAAGUGAAGUGGUAUCGGCAUUGAAGAACAGGCUGAGAAAGGUAUCCACAACAACAGGAGAUGGUGUGGCACAAGCUUUCUUAAAAGCCCAAGCUUCUUUGUUUGGCAGCUACAGAAGUGCACUAAAAAUUGAGCCAGAGGAGCCAAUUACCUUUUGUGAGGAAACAUUUGUCUCCCAUCGCUCCAGUGGGAUGAGACCAUUCCUUCAGAAUGCUAUUCAGCUUCAGCUAUUUAAGCAGUUCAUAGAUGGGCGUCUUGACCUGCUGAACACUGGAAAUGGAUUCAGUGAUGUCUUUGAAGAGGAAAUAAAUAUGGGCGAAUAUGCAGGCAGUGACAAACUCUACCAUCAAUGGCUGUCAACAGUAAAAAAAGGAAGUGGGGCCUUUCUUAACACCAUGAAGACCAGAGCGAAUCCAGCCAUGAAGACUGUCUACAAGUUUGCUAAGGACCAUGCCAGAAUGGGAAUAAAAGAAGUGAAAAACCGCCUGAAACAGAAGGACUUGGCUGAAAAUGGGUGUAGUGUAGCGGUGGAAGAACCACUUCCUAGCAAGUCUCCUUCCCCAUCUGCUGAAAAGAAGGAUCUGAAAACCAGGGAUGAAAGAAGGCCCAUCACAGUUCACUUUGGUCAGCAGGAAAAGCUCCCCCCUCCUCGACCUCCUCCACCAAGGAUCCAGCGCAACACUGUGCCCGUUCGUCCCCCGAGGCCACAUGUUGCUCGCCGUCCUAAAAGUAAUGCAGUUGUGGAAAACCGCAGAACAUCAAUCUCCAGCCCUGACCACGUGGCGAAGCCCACACGCCACUAUACUGUCUUCCUUUCUGAAGAUUCCUCCGAUGAUGAGUUUCUGCAGGAGGAGGAUCCUGUUUCUGCCUUCUCUGAAAACUUUAUCUUCUCUGCUCCUUUUGAAUGGCCUCAACAAUAUCGAACAUUAAAGGAAUCGGAUCCUGAUGGAGAUGAAAUUAUCAGCCCAGAAAAGGAAAGCGAUUCAAUGCUGGAUCAGGAGACAUCACAUAAGGAGGUCCCAAAUAUCAAUCUUCUUGAAGAUAUCUUUAGUAAUUUUGAUGUGGAAUCACAACCACCACAUUUAAACCAAGCUAAGAGUUUGGAAGACUUGAGGACCCCCAAGGAGGACUAUGAUGACCGUUUUACAUUCGAUUAUCAGAGAAUGGAUCUCACAGUACCAGAGAGGAAUCGGUUGGUGCCACCAAUGAAAUCUAACCACCCAUACAAUAAACUAUGGGGCAUGGGGCAAGAUGACAUUGCUGUCCCUAACAUAUAUCUUCAGAUUUCCCCUGAGAAACAGCUAUCACUUCCUGGAAGUGACACAAGUACUCCACAUAAGGAAAUUACAUCAUUAUCUGUCGACAAAGAGGGACCAUCUAGCAGCACCCAAGGUAAUAUCACUAUCCCAAGACCACAUGGAAGAAAAACACCAGAGCUGGGAAUUGUUCCACCCCCACCAGCAUCAAGAGUCUCUAAGCAGCAAAACGUUCCAGCAGUAACUGAAUCGGGCAAACUGCAGCUUGGGGAGAACAUCGGCUUCCCUUUGCAAACUCUACAAGGACCUCUUAGAGAACCACCAGUAUCAGAUGGACACAGACAAGUUUCUGAUUCUAGUUCUUUGGAUUUGUUACAGCCUGUAAAAGUUUCUACUGAUAUCUUUGUAAAUGAUGAUAUUCUUAGUCUUUUAGAUCCUUUAAUAGUAGGUCAGGGCCAGAGUGAAACUAUGCCGCCUCUAGGUAGUGGUCUUCAGAGCUCCGAAGCUCCUCAUUACUCCAGCACUCCAUGUUUUACCUCACUACAAAGUGAUUUUACUCAUGCAGCUUUCCCUCACCAGUUGGGAUUUUCCACCCCUCAACCUGCAUUUAUACAUUCACCACUUAAUCCAUUUAUCCAAGCAGUGCCACCGGACCAUUCUGUUUCUGUCAUAGGCAUCACAGCAAGACCAUUUACUCCACCAGUUGUUUCCAACUCUUUGUUCUCAAGGUCUGUUUUUUAUCACAGUCAGAGACGCCCAACUCCAGCCUUGUCAGGAAGUAGUCUACACGUUCCAUCUGGCCCGUCAGUCAAUAGAUUAAUGCAACAAAGUCAAACAACCUCAGAAACACAGCAAAACAUUCCAUCGACCAUGACUGGCCUAGCUGGCCAUAGAACUUUACCUAUGCCUCUGGCCAAGGCUCAAGACAACAAGCCCCGGGAGUGUCCAGCCAUCCCCCCUAGACCUUCAAAAAUUUCAGACCCUGUUCUUCUCCCCUCUAGACCAGGUCAGCCCAAGGAUCCUUUUGAUGAGCUGCUCACCAAAACAAAAGAAGCAGUAGCUCCAACAGCGGGCAAAGUAGAACAGCUCCGAAAACGAUGGGAGACUUUUGAGUAGGAUUCAAAUUUAUGGGUUAAGGUUACAGAGCAAGUAGUCCAGUUGUUAAGGAGCUCAGUCAUCUUAUCUGGAAUGGCCUUGAGAUCAAAUAAUUUUCUCACAAAUUUCAGACAUUUUGGAAUUAAAGGCUUUAAUCACAAUCGACUCAUUAUAAUCUUAAGGUUUGGGUAACUCCCAGUUCUUGCUUGCUGUUUGCUUGACUACUUUCCGAUUGGAAUUGGUCUUGAUGUAGAACUACUGAAUCCAGCACUUUAGCAUUUAUCAGAAAAGAGCUUUUGAUGCAGAACAGACAUCACAGUAUGAAGUCUUUCGAGGACUGUAAAUUGACACUUUGCUUAUCUAGUUAACUCCCCACCGAGUCCCCGGGAAGUGCUAUAUGAUGUGUUAGCACACAUUAUUACCAUGUGCCGCAAUUUAUGAAGCAGCACAGUUUUUAGUCUUCAAUAGAAAAUUUCAUCAUUGUGAUAGCAAUUGUGAUCGUUGUGGUGAAAUACACAGUUUUGUAUUAAGAUUUUACAGCCACUUAAGGAUCAAAAAGUUAAUAGCUGUGUAGAGAAAUACAUACACGUCUUUAGCAGUUUCUGUGACUUAGUACACAAUAACAUCAGUCUCCAGGACAAGAUAUAAUAGUAGUUGCUACUCUAGGUCCUCCACACGUCAAUCGAUAUUAAAUUAUAUUUAAAAAUGUAUGUACCACUAAUGUUUGAAUCACCAAAAAUGACAGUAUCUAGAACACGGAAUGUACUAGUUUCUAGUGUAGCUUGUACACUAUGUUGUCUACAUGUACUCCUCAAUACUCUCUUUAUGUAAA